AUGGAAAAUACUAGUCCUAGUACAGCUAAAGUUCAGCACGUAACGAAAGCAUCAUCAGAUGAACUCCUGAAGAAGUUUGCUGAAGUGGGUUCUGAAUCAAAUGACAAAUCCUUAACCAAGAAAGAGUUACGAUUGGCGAAACGCGUAAAAAGAAGCCAAGCAGCCAUUAAUGGAGGUGGCUGCAGUGGCCAAGGUGAGAGAAAGUCACUUCUACCUCCGGCUACAUCACGAAGACCCGUGGCUUUGAUUAGAAGGUUAGGGAUAGGAAAGGCCAAGAUCAGAGAUAGGGAGUUCAAGAACAGGUCCAUUUUGGGCACAGUUGAGAAGACGUGGCGUAGAACAGUUGAAGUGGCUUCAAGAGUCUGGAUGGAGAAGCAUUACAACCAGCACAAACGUCUAAUAAAUGGCUUGAAUUAG